UUAUUUUUUUGGAAGAUGGAGAACUACACUAUCAUUUCUGAAUUCAUCCUUCUGGGGUUUCCCUCUGGACUGGAGCUCCAGCUGUUCCUUUUUAUGACCUUCUUCCUAACUUACAUACUAACUGUUUCAGAGAAUCUCAUCAUUAUCUCCAUAGUAAAAAGUAACAGGAAUCUUCACAAACCCAUGUAUUUCUUCCUUGGAAAUUUAUCUUUUUUGGAAAUCUGGUAUAUAAGUGUCACAAUUCCAAAACUGCUAAUAGAUUUCUGGUCACAGAACAAGAUCAUCUCCUUUCAGAGUUGUAUGGCUCAGCUCUACUUCUUCAUCUCACUGAUGUGCACUGAAUGUGUCCUCCUAGCAGUCAUGGCAUAUGAUCGAUACAUAGCUGUGUGUAACCCACUUCGCUAUUCAGCUAUCAUGACCCAUAGACUAUGCUUCCAGCUUGGUGUGCUGUCCUGGGUGUGUGGCUUCUCUGUAUCCUUUGUCAAAGUCAUCUUUAUAUCCAGAUUGACCUUUUGCAGCCCUGGGGUAAUUAAUCACUUUUUCUGUGAUAUCUCCCCAGUACUCAACCUCUCAUGUACUGACAUGUCAGUGGCUGAACUGGUGGAUUUCAUCUUGGCCUUGGUCAUCCUCCUUGGUCCACUCUCUGUAACCAUCGUGUCCUACCUGUUCAUUAUCACGUCUAUUUUUCGCAUCCCCACAACCCAAGGAAAGAAAAAAGCUUUCUCAACUUGUGCUUCACACCUCACUGUGGUCAUUAUCUUUUUCUCAUCAACAGUUUUCAUGUAUGCCAGGCCUCGAAAAAUUCAUCCUUUUAAUCUCAACAAAAUAGUGUCCAUCUUCUAUGCUGUGGUCACUCCAGCUCUCAAUCCGCUCAUCUAUUGCCUGAGAAAUAAGGAAGUGAAAGAGGCAUUGAAGAGAAAUAUAGGAAUGAAAUGUCCUGUUGGAUAA